AUGUUGGCCAGUUCUGAAAUCGUGGGUGUGCUCCAAUAUCCUUCAGGAUUAGACGGUUUAGAAGUCUGUUCUGACUCCGACUGGGUGAUUGGCCUUGCUGUUUUCUGGCAUCUUGGUCAUCACGUCAAAGCUGCCUGUUCCGACGUUGUUGAGCUUUCCAAUGACGAUCCGGGCAGAAGGCGACUGCAAUUCCUCGCGAUCGUUGUCCAAAACAGCUUUGGUCAGGAAUUGACAGGUGGUCUCGUAAGACAUCUUGGUGAACGACGACGUGGACGAGUCGAUACCCUGUCUGUUGAAAGCCAGGUAGGUUCCUUCUCUGGUCAUGUAGUCGGCAAUCAGGUCCAGAUGUCUCGACGAGACAGAAAUGGCGUAUCUACCGAAAACGUUGUUGAUUUCGUUCACAAUCGUGUUUCUGGCAGCUUCCACUCCGUAAGUACGCAGAACAGCAGCAACGUCGUUCGACCGGAUUCCGUUCACGUUGAUGAACGCGUCGUGCUCCCACAUGGCCGCAAAGUUCACUCCUUCCGUCACCAGAAUACGUUUGCCCUGUUCUGGCUCUGGAUGAAGACAUCUUCCAAUGCCACCAACUUCGCGCACCACAACAGACUUACAAACAGUCUCGAUGAUGUUCACCAUCAACAAUUUUUGUGUCUCGGCGCUCAGCUCCAGCUUGAAGUCGCACCAUGCUCCGUUUUCGUCGUCAGCCUGGAUGAACUUGGUCUUGAUCACCUCUUCCAGCUCCUCCUUCGUGAUAUCGUACUCUUCCUGGUAGUCCUGACAGUCGAAGAACUUCAUGUUGAUCUCGUAAGAUCUCGAGGCCUGGGCUCCGGUGGAUCCAGUGGUCUCGAUCACAGAAACCUCGCUGAUCACCUCGGAGAAGUUGAUUUUGGUGAUGGAUUUGCAGAAAGCGUCGGCGGAAGUGUCGUCAACAUCGUCCAAAAUAGGCAAUGUCAUUUGCGGCGUCUUGAUGGAGGCAGAUGCAGUCAUAACAAUUUCUCUCAAACGCGGAAUACCAAGAGUAACGUUAGCAGCACCGUGACCAGCAAAGUGGAAUGUGUUCAAAGUCAUCUGAGUAGAUGGCUCACCAACAGAUUGCGAGGCAACAAUACCAACAGCUUCUCCAGGAUUGACCAAAGAUCUCAUGUAUUUCAAUUGCAUCAAAGCCUUGAACUUCUUUUGGGUCAAACCACCAUUCUCCAAGAAGAACUUGAACUGGUGCAUGUACGACUCCUUGGUAACAUCGAUCGAGUCUCCACCAUAAAGGAAUUGGACCAAAGUUCCAUCAGCGUUUCUGAUCGUGUUGUCGUAAGAAACGUGAACUCCUUCCAACUGCUUAGUCAAACAACGUUGCAAGUAACCAGAGUUGGCAGUCUUCACGGCAGUGUCAAUCAAACCUUCUCUACCUGCCAUACAGUGGAAGUAGUACUCUUGUGGACGGAUUCCAGAGUAGAAUCUGUUCUUGAUGUAUCCACCAGCACGGACGUUGGUCUCGAAUGGCUUGAAGCAAGGAAGCGUCUUACCGGAAACCAUCACCGGGACUCUUCUGCCUUCCAAAGCCUGUUGUCCAAGAAGACACAUAAUUUGAGAAACAUUAACGUUCGAACCCUUGGCACCAGAAAGAGCCAUGGCUUGCAUAGCGUUCGAUGGGAACUUCUUCAUGGUUCCAUCAGGAACACACUUGGAAACAACCUUAGAGGUGAUGGCAUUGACCUUGGAUUGAGUCACAGCAUCCAAAAUACCAAGCUUGUUAUUCACACCCGGGAUGUUUUGCGGCUUGAUGUUGAGCAAAACGGUGGUGAUGAUCUGCUUACCGGUCCACAUUGGCUGAGGCUUGAAGAUGGCUGGCGGAACAGUGAUGAUUCUGGAUCCUGUCGAGUGGCCAUCUUCUGGUCUGAUACAACCGUAGAUCAGCUGCUGAUAUUUCUCUCUGGUGAAGAACGAAUCCUUGCUGGUCAACCAAACACCAGCAGAAAUGUGAUCUUGAAUUAA